AUGGCAUCUCCGCUCACUCCCAUCGACGAAGACGAUGAAUCCUCCGAGAUCUACUCCCUUGUCGAACUCGCCGGGAAAGGCUUCUCUCUCAUCGCGACUCGGGACAUCGCACCAGGCACGCUCAUCCUGGAAGAAGAAGCAUACAUGGAAAUCCCCUUACCAGGAAUCUCCGUGACGGAAGAGAUCAUUGACCGUGCUUUUGCUGCCCUUCCCGAGACCGAGACAAACAACACAAGAGACCUCAUACUGUCUCUCCACGAAGGUGCCGUCGCAGGAAGCUCCAAGCUCCUGCGGAUUUUCAAAUCCAACGCCUUUGGCAACUCCUCCAGGAGCUGGCUGCAUCCGCAGAUCAGUCGCAUCAACCAUUCCUGCAUCCCAAACGCCUUUUUAUCGAGGGACGAAUGCUGCCUUGGCUCGAUGUCUCAGGUUAUUGCGCAGCAAGCCAUCAAAAUGGGAGAAGAGAUAACAACAUGCUACAAUCCUUUCCUCUACGAAAUCUCAACGUCGAUGCAGAGGGCGGUAAUGCUAAGGAAACAGUAUGGGUUUGCUUGUGAUUGCGACGCAUGCGACGAGAAUUGGCUAAGCGAUGCGCGGAGAAAGUUGAUUGGGACAUUGUUGGAGAUUUUGCACGGGUUGAAAACGUCGGACUUUUGGAAGGUUGACCCCCGUGACGAAAGAAACAAAGGAGUCACUGAGGAGAUGUUUUGGACCACAGAAUCGAGUGACGACCGCGAGUUGCUUCCAGCGUGGAAAAGAACUGCUUUCACAGUACUUCUCGCUGGACUCAGACAGGUAGAGGGAUCGUCAGCAACUGCCAUAGCCGGAGACUAUUGGAAAGCCGCGGAAUAUAUGCUGGAGCAAAUACAGGGCACGAACGACAUUGUCAUAGUCCCAUGGGCUCAAAAUGUGCGCACCUGGAUGGAAAAGGCGAUCGGCGUGCUUGAGUCAGUCUUUUCGCCGUACGACCACGAUCCGCAAAAGUUGAGACUGGAGUGGAAGAUGAUGCAAGAGAAGCCAUGCAUGAAUUUAGCUCUUGCUUGUGUAAGUACUCGUGCAUCAUGAGCAUGAUUUCGUGAUAGAGUAAGCUGAUUUUCGUAGCUUGACGGCAAACCGAAAGCCCCGAUCGCUUGGUCCAGGGACAAGGACGAUUGCGAGCCAUUUGCGAUUCAGGUGUCGCAGAACAAGAGCCUGUUGGUGCUUUCCCAGAGCAGGUGCAAUGCUGUGCUGGAAGAGCGACUAGGCACUAUCUCACCAGUAUCGCAGGAUCACGAAUAUGCUACCAUAACCCAAAAGCUCCGUGAUAGCAGUCGGCUGUACAAAUAUUUUGGUGCGGCGUUAACGUGCGCUGCUCCGGUCGCUGCGUAUUGGUGGUACAGGUGA